AUGGAUGGUCAAAAGAAGGGAACAAGGGGUGGAGUGUUGCCGUAUUUUGAAAAAUCGAUUAAUCUUCGCGAUCAAUACGCAACCGGUUCACAUGGAGUAGGUGGUCCACUUAACGUAGAAAGGUUUUCAUACAAUGAUGAGCCGUCAGAUUUCGUAGUAAAAGCAUUUCAGGAGAGAGGAAUACCGUUUGCUGACUUAGGACUAGAAACUAAAGUUGGAGUAAACAUAAAUCUUGCAACAGCCAAAGAUGGUAAGAGACAAUCUACUAAUGCUGCAUUCAUAAGAACUAUACGAAAAGAUCGCUCUAACUUGCAUAUCAUUACCAAUGCAUUUGCAACAAAAGUACUAAUAAAUUCGAAUACAAAAGAAAUAUAUGGUGUAGAAUAUUUUAAAAAUGCAUCAUAUUAUAAGGUUUAUUCAAAAGGUGAGGUAAUUAUUAGCGCUGGAUCAAUUAAUUCGCCGAAAAUCCUUAAAUGUUCCGGUAUUGGUCCAAAAGACGAAUUAGAAAGUCUUAAAAUUCCUGUUAUAGCAAAUUUAAUGGUUGGUCAUAAUCUUCAAGACCACGUAACUACAGAUGGUUUGAUAUUUUCGUUAUCAAAUAAAACUUCUACUUUAGUCAGCAACGAAGAACUAUUAAACUAAGUAAAAGACAAACAGAAACAGCCUGAGAAGAAACGAGGUCCCCUAUCAUCUAUUGUAAUUACAAACUUAGUGGCAUUUUUAAAUUCAAACGGAUCGAAAACAGCACCUCCAAAUAUACCACCACCACCUAAAAAAGCAGGUGCAACGUUCAUUAAAACUCCCAUAGAUGGUUGCAAGCAAUACAAAUGGGGUACCUAUGACUAUUUUGCAUGUCUAUACACACAUUACACAACAACGAUAUAUCAUCCGGUUGGAACUUGUAAAAUGGGACCACCGUGGGAUAAAGAUGCUGUUGUAGAUCCAAGAUUUAAAGUGUAUAAGGUAAAAAAAUUAAGAGUCGUAGAUGCAUCUGCUAUGAGGAACAUCGUUCGAGGUAACACGAACGCACCAACCAUAAUGAUGGCCGAAAAAGCGAGCGAUAUAAUUAAAGAGGACAAGAUAUUAAAAUGUAACUUGUAAAUUGCAA